AGACAAAAACAAAUAUCAAAAUCAGAAUUAACCAUUCAUCUCAUUAACAUCAAUUCAAAGUCAUGAGUAUGGCAGCAGCCAUUGAGAGUUUAUGCAAUAUUUCUAGUAUUCCACUUUAUAAAGAAAAUUAAAAUCAAAAUUAAAAAAAAGCUCAUGUCAUUUCUGCUCGAUAACAAUAUAAGACAUUAAAUCAAUGGAAAAUAUUGUGCGCCUAUCGAAGAACACAGGGCCUUCGAAAGACCCGUUUAUACAACGUGUGUGCAUCGAUCAUUCACAAUUUAGAGUCUGAAGGAGAGAAAAAAAGGCCAGCUAACAUCUACUUGAAAAAGACCAUAAAUACGCCUUUACGGAUAGCUAGCUAUACCCUGCAGAUGAUUUUCCGUUCCAGCUUUAUGUGUGUUGGUAAUUAAAUUGAGAUUCAUUAGACAAAAUUUACGUCCUUCUCGCAGUUAUCGGCUUCAGAGUUAAGUUUGUUAAGCGCGCUGAAAAAGCAAUAUAAAAUGCGUAUUAACUAAAUCGCACCAUGCGCGAAUUUCGAAUCAUCAGUCAAUCCCUGUUUUCAGCCAUGCGUGCAGCUCGAUCAUCGAUGUAUGAAGUCGUGCGGCCCGUGUCAAUUAUAGUACGAUGAUACCCGAAGAUUCUGCUUGCGUUGUCUCGAGUGGCGCUUGAAAAUUCUCAGUACCAAAGACGUUACUCUAGGGAAGUAAAGGCAGUGCCUGUGCCUCUCCGUGCGGACUAUCAGUAUCAUAGCCGCGUGCGUAUGUUAAAUACACGGAGGCGAACCGAGUCACACAUUCGCUACGGCUACAGUGAACACGUUUUGGCAGGCCUGGCACAAGACGCGUAGAAACCUGCACAAUAUAGAAGUUCUGGUGCGACCUAUACGCUCGAUAAUCAGCAGGGCAACACACGGGUUGUCACAAGAUCAAGAGUUGUGCAGAGAAAUUGUUGUAGCAUCUGACAUAUACAAGUCGAUGGCGCUAAGCACGGCCAUUGACAGUGAAUUGUUUUUCUAGUGUGCACGUAUCAUUGCCGCUUAAAAGUAUUUCUAUACUUUUGCCAUUGGAACUAGUCGCUCCUCGCAAACUGAAACCGAAUUUUAACCCAUAACGUCGCAGUGUGAUUGUUGUGAAAACUAGUGUUUAAGUUAUCAUCUUGUACGUGCCUUUUGUUUCCUCUUCUUAAGAUUAUUAAGAAUCGAUUCAAGUUUCAAUAUAUUAAGAUAUACAUUUUUUAAGGCUAUCAGAUACUUGACUCAAUAUGUCAUCAGAACAACGAAUACAGGCAUCUACCACAGUCACUUCAGAGAAAUGCACUUUUACGUGGACAAUCAAGAAUUAUCGCUUAAUAAAAUUGAAAGUGGGAGAAGAAAUAGAAUCCCCAAAUUUUGGCGUUGGGAGUGAUAUUAAACAAUUCUUCUAUUUGCGAUUAUACCCUGGAGGCGAAACAAAAGAAACUGCUGAAUACAUUUCUUUAUAUCGUAUACCUGUAAUUUAUUCAAAGAACAAACCAGAUAAGCUUGCAUGUAGAUGCACAGUAUCACUUGUUAAUGAUGAAAAAGUCAUUCAAAAAUCAAUAUUGCAUUACGAUUGCUCGACCAAUAAUUUCAUAGGUCGUGGUUUCAAAAAUAUUGACGAAUUGAUUUCUUCGGAGAAUACUGUAACUAUUCAAUGCGAAUUGGAAAUUUUCAAGGAUUAUGAAUCUUCAAUAGAUUCAGAAAUUUGUUAUAGCAAAGAGCAGAUAAUUGAUAAAGUGAACUUAGACUCAUUAUUUCUCAGUGAAGAAUUCAGUGAUGUUAAAAUAAUAACUCCUGAUGCAAAUGAUAUUCCAGCCCAUAAAAACAUACUCGCAGCGGCCAGCCCUGUAUUUAGGGCCAUGUUUACACAUGAUAUGUUGGAAAAUAAAAACAGUUCCGUGAAGAUAACUGACACUACUAAAAAUAUUGUAACUGAAAUGUUGCGAUACAUCUACAUGGGUGAGAUUAAAAACAUGAAUAAAGAUAACACCCUUGAAUUAUUAGAAAUGGCUGACAAAUAUCAAAUUGACAAUUUAAAAAUCAAGUGUGGAAAAAUAUUAUGUGCUAAUUUGUCUAUUGAAAAUGCAAUUGACACUUUAGUAACUGCUCAUAAAUACACAUUGAAGAAUGUGGAAGAUGAAGCAAUUAAGUUUAUUGCAACUCGCACAGAAUUACUCUUAAAUUUUCAAAAAAUGAAGAAAAUAAAUGAUCCUGAUGUAUGGUCAAAUUUAAUGCAAUUAGUAGUUAAAUCACCAAAAAGUCUUUCUUAAUUCCUAUUAUCUUUUUUAGAUAUUACCCAUAGAAUCUUAAUUUAACUAUAAGAUAAUGGUGACUUAGUUUUAGUAUUUUUGCAUUAAAUGCUAUAUUCGUGUUUUUAAAUCAUUAGUAUAAGUCUUUGAUGGUUCAUUAUUUUGUGGCAAAAUAAAACUAAACAUAUUAAUGAGUUAUUAUUCAAGCUCUAUUAUGGGUAAAAUUUUGCAAGCUGAUUAAAACUGAUUGUUUAUACUUUGUAAUUUAAUACCUAGUUCAUUGCAUGAAAAGCAUUUGAACAGAACUGUGUGUUAAACUAGCAAUAUAAGCUUUUGUCAUGAUUGUAAUGCAAUUUGUAAAGUUUCAAAGUAAAUAAAGUGCAUGAAUACGUAUUUUUUACUUGA